AUGGCUCGAAGCAGCGCCUUUAGGACUCUGGCGGCGGCAUGCGUCUUUUUGCUGGCGGCCUGUGCGGCGGCGUCGCAGAUCAAGGGGGCCCCGGCAGCUGUCGAGAGUCUAAGCCUGGAGGAGCUUGAUGGCCAGCUUCAGACAUGUCCCGUUAUCCAGGAGCUCAACGCCGCCAAGCGCGCCCAUUUCGAGACUGCGCCGUCGUCCUUCACAACGAAGCUCUUCUCCGUGCUCUUCCCCGGCUCGCCCGCAGUCAAUGCGCUCCUCGCCACGCUGUACAUAUCCGGCCCGCCCAACUUCCUGCUGGCCCUCGUCCCGACCAACAUCGACCCGUCCUCUCUGUCCGUCAUGGUGGCCUUUGCCGUGGGAGGACUGCUGGGAGACACGCUGUUCCACUUGCUGCCGGAGAUCUUUGUCGGGGAGGACGAGCCGGAUAGGGCCAGGUUUGUGCUUGUCGAACCAAACCGCAACCUCAUUCUCGGAUUUGGCAUUCUGGUUGGCUUCAUGACGUUUGUGGCUAUGGACAAGGGCUUGCGGAUUGCGACUGGCGGCGCUGGACAUGACCAUUCACAUGGACAUUCUCAUGAUGAGGGGCAUGCUAAGAAUACAGAUGUCGGCAUCUCCACUGGAGCAGACACUCACAAGAACGAGGCCAAGUCUCGCAAGACAAAGAAGGGUGACAAGAAGAGCCAGGCCGACGAGCAGUCGCAGCCCAAGGAGAUCAACCCCAGCGUAAAGCUGGGAGGCUAUCUCAACUUAAUCGCCGACUUCACCCACAACAUCACCGACGGCCUCGCCAUGUCCGCCAGCUUCUACGCCUCCCCCACCAUCGGCGCAACCACCACCGUCGCCGUCUUCUUCCACGAGAUCCCCCACGAGGUCGGCGACUUCGCCCUCCUCGUCCAGUCCGGCUUCUCCAAGCGCGCCGCCAUGGCCUCCCAGUUCGUCACCGCCAUCGGCGCCUUCAUGGGCACCCUCAUCGGCAUCGCCGUCCAGGAGUUCGGGUCCGGCCCCGGCGGCGACGGCGAGCUCAUGCCCCGGAAUGCGGGGCUCUGGGGGACAAGCCUUACAUGGGGUGACAUGUUGCUGCCCUUUACUGCCGGAACCUUUUUAUACGUCGGCACCGUCGCCGUCAUCCCGGAACUGCUAGAGACGGGCCCAAACAAGAUGCUGGAGCUGCGGAAGACACUGACACAGUUCACAGCCGUUGCUGUCGGCGCGGGCAUCAUGUUGUACAUAUCAUGGCAUGAGCUAUCCCUCCUCCUAAUCCGGUAUGCCAUCCAACAAUGAAACAGCCCUACCAUCCCAUCUAUACAAAUAAAUUCAUGGUGCCUAACCCAUGAGCGAAGAAAGAAAGAACAAAAACGUCGGUAUCUUGAAAGACAAGAGGAAACAAAUAACUGAAAUGAAUAUGAUGAGCAAGCCAUUGGGGAAUCUCCCGUGUGUGCCAAAACCCUCCGUUCAUAAUCCCAUCACUAUCAAACUCCACAGGUCUCAUUUCAAUGGACAUGUUACUUUUUUUGUAUGCUUCUUUUUUUUUCGAGCUUGAAUUUUCCCGGUAUAAUCAUUGGUGGUAUCAUUUGGUAUCGUCUCAUUCAUGCGUGCAUCCUUAAUCUUGGAAGAACUUGAUGACUUGCUGCAAAUCUCUCAAGCCGACGCCGUGCUUGGGGUAACAAAUGUAAACCUCUUCACCCAGGGCACCAAACUUUGAUCGGAAGCCAGCCUUUCUGCGCAGCCCAAGACUCUCGACAAUGGAGCGAUAGGUGGUGGCAAGGAACUUGGCUCGAAUGCCGUGAAGGUGCUCACCAGGAGUCAGCUUCUCCGACACACCAACACCGAAUGUCACCUGGCCGGUGACGCACGACAGCGCGUGCUCAAUGAGCACCUCGAUGGCGCCGUUGACGGCUCCGGGGAAGUCCAGAGCCCACUUAACCUGCCAGCCGUGGCGGGG